AUGGAUCUAUAUGAUGAAGAUUUUCAGUUUGAACUAGUAAAUCCUGAAUUUGAACAGGAAUUAUAUGAAAUUGAACCAUUAGAAGAAGAAUUGGCCAAUGAUGAUGAAAAAAUCCUAGAAUUGCUUGUUUACGUCUCAUUUACAUAUAAAAGUAUAAUUUAUUCCAAUGUGCCUGUAGAGUAUCCAUCAACUUCGCCAGACUACAUUUCAUAA